AUGGAGACAAACCCGUCCGUCAGCUCAAAGCAGCACCGCAACACAUACCAGCGCUACUACCGUGCCUUCGCAAAGCGGGUGCGACCGGCGCUUCAGCAGCUUCUACUUCAGCAGAGAGUCAUUGGUCUCGGCACCCGUGGUGGCGACGGCGGCGUGGGCGCAGCAUCGCGGCUGUCGUGGCACCGUGGAGAGGACACUAGCGACGUGCUGCAGGUGUCAGAGGUGUACUUUCAGCGACUGUGCGAGGUUGCUCAGUGCAACAGCCUUGGGGUCUAG